UCACCUCUCUCUCUCUCCCCCUACCCACCCUCAGGGCUCCAGGAUGCAGCAGGUGGUCAAGAGGGUCUCGUCCCCCCAUCUUCUCCGCCUUCCCCCCUCCUCCCCCUCCGCCCCCCCAGAACGGCUUGGCCCUGGAGUACGGGGCCAGUCUGUACGCCGCAGGGGCCAUCCAGGGGUCGGUGGAGGCCGGACAGGCAGGCAUUAACACCCCGACAAGCGUCCCAAACAGCUUAACGACCCACUCAGAUGUGUCGUCACAGAUUGAUACCCAGUUGGUGGUUACAGGAGGAGGUGGUGGCGGGGGUCCGUAGGGGACGACUCAGAGAAAGGGACCCCCAAACGCCUCCACGUCUCCAACAUUCCCUUCCGCUUCAGAACCCUGGACCUCCGGCAGAUGUUUGGGCAAUUUGGAAAGAUCCUCGACGUAGAGAUCAUAUUCAACGAGAGAGGAUCGAAGGGUUUUGGCUUUGUGACGUUUGAGACGAGCGUGGACGCUGAGAAGGCCAGAGCCGCUCUCCACGGAACUCUGGUGGAAGGACGCAAGGUUGAGGUCAACAACGCCACAGCCAGGGUGAUGACCAAUAAGAAAAUGGUCACCCCAUAUUCUAAUGGAGGAGAGGGGCUCGCCGCUCUACCUUAUGCCGGGUGGAAGUUGAGUCCAAUGGUUGGAGCCAUGUACAGUCCAGAGCUCUAUACAGGUGAGAUUCCCUGGUUUCCCGUCCCUGCGGCGGCUGCACAGGCUGCCACAGCGGCAGCGACCUUUAGGGGCGCCCACCUCCGGGGUCGUGGCCGGCCGGUCUACAGUGCUGUCAGGGCAGCCCUACCCCAGCAAGCUAUACCUACAUACCCAGGUGUGAUGUAUCAGGAAGGGUUUUACGGCGCAGCAGACCUCUAUGGUGGCUACGCUGCGUAUCGCUAUGCUCAGCCGACUGCAGUAGCCGGUCCUGCAGGAGCAGCGGCUGCCGCAGCAGCUGCCUACAGUGAUGGCUACGGGCGGGUGUACACGACAGACCCUUACCACGCUGCACUAAACCCUGCCACAGCUGCAGCCUACGGAGGAGCUAUGGCCACGCUGUACAGGGGAGGCUACAGUAGAUUUGCCCCUACUAAAGAUAACCACAUUUCCCAGGAGCUCUCUCAUCCUGUUUGAACAAUCUAUAAAAGAGCUCCCUCUGCUGUCCAGGAUGGAGAUUGCAACACUUUGACGCAAGUUUGUAGCCUACCAUGGAAACAUUUAUAUUUCAAAAUCUCCUGCUGUCCACUCUUUUUCGCUUCAACAAAAAUAGGAAUGCCGUUUUAAAGACUGGUAGAAAGCCUUGACAAAGAAAAGAAAAUAGAAAAAAACUUGUAUUUGAACCAAAUGGCCGCUUGUUUCCAUUGCACGGCUGUAUUAUAGUCCCCUGUUUCUCCCUCUCGACACUCUCAGCAGCACAAGACACAGAAUGGUCGCCCCCCAGCUAGUGUACCUCCAGAGCCUAUCAUGUAACUGGUGUCCGGACCGUUAACUGAACACUGAGACAAACCCCCUACCACACGUAUAACAGCCAAGGUGUAAUGGUGGCAUGACUAUACACAAUUCAUACAUCAAGAAUGGAGGUGGAGCCUAGUUAUGGAAGACAGAACUGUGACCGCCAGUGUCUGCAUGUCUGUGGAGCCUGAAUGAGCGAGAAACMACAGCAACCGAGCACCAAAAGCAUUUUGGAACAGAAAGACAAUUUGCAAACAAAAUGGAGGAGGUGACUCCRUGUUUCCUCUUGUGGGGUGAAGGAGUAUGAGAGAGGACGUGACAUCAUCAUUGCAGAGAGAGAGAGAGGGAUGGACUGAUGUUUUUUUAACACUAUUAGAAAUUACUCACUUCAAACUGAGCAGUAAAAGGAUUAUCAUAGCUGUUCCUUACCUCAAAGUUUUCUUAGUCCGUGAAAAUGGCGAACCUUUAAAAUUUUAAUUGUUACAAUUAUGCAAAUAAAUUAGUUAGAGAGAGAGAAAAAAAGUUACCAAAUUAUUAUUAUUGCUGAUUUAUAGCGUUGUCUUUAUUACGUUAUUAUUGUUAGUUUCAGUGGUUCUCUGAGCACACCUCUACACACAUUUUCCACUUCCCUAGAAACGAGGUCUAGGGGCUAGGACUACAGUGUAGAUAAUAUCUGUAAGCCAUUCACUACAGUGGGCAACACUGCACGUCCCCUCUACAUAACACAAUAUUAUACCAAACUAAACUUCCAGUGCACAACAUCAUAUUCUCACAAUACUUCACGCUAUACACAAAUCACUCAGAACUAUAUAAUAUUUCAUCACUACUAUAGAGGUACCGGAUAGCUUUUUAUUGCAUUGUGAAUGUUAGGCUGAGACAUAUAUCACUGAUAUCAUUGAAACAACCAGAACCUAGUGUCCUAGAAUAAACUUAUUCAGUUAUAUUUCUUUGAAAAGUUAUGAUAGAGAUGUAUUAUUUGGCUAUAUGAUUGAUUUCCCAAACUUGUUCUGUCUUUUAGAAGAGCAGGUAAACAUCAAGUACAGUCUUCCUGAGAAUAGCUACGUUGGUAAUAGAUAGUGAGAUUCUGUCAACAGGCGUUGAAAGAGGGACACCAUCAAUAUGAAAAAUAUUUAAUGCAAAAUACCAUACUAUUGUGCAUAUUUCUAUAUCCUUAUACUCUAUUUCCAAAUGUGGUUGUUUUUGCCUUUUUUUUUUGCUCCAAAGAUUUGUAGAAAAGCACACUUUUAGUCAUGUGUAUGAUAAAUAUAUUAUCCUUAUGGUGGUUAUUAUUAUAAGUGCUGUCUUUUUAUUUGUUGCAUUAGCUCUUGUUAUAUUUUUUCUAUUGGUAAAUGUUGUUGUUCCUCCUAAAGUAAGGUGACAUUUUCAUUUCCUCCAUCAAGAUUAGUUGAAAUGUGAUAUUCUUUUCCCCUCCUGUGUUGUUUUCUUGGGCAGAGGGGAAUGGACUCUUUGGUAGUUUCAAAGAGGGAGGGAACCAUAGAGGUAUGCCACUAUGACAUCAGCCUAUCUAGUGUUCUAUAUCUACGGAGCGAACAAAACGGGAAAGCAUGUAAAACUAAACUACCAAACUCAUUUUCUCAAUGGAAGAAACGGGACUUUUUGGUCCAGACUGAAAUAGGGUGAUGGGGGUUGGCAAGCAUUGGAUUGAGGAUUUCCCCCCCCCAAAAAAAUAGGGAAAGGCUGAAAUGUUCGGGCCUCACAAUUUAUUCCAAGUCCAAAGUUUACAGUAGACAAGAAUACGUUGGGAUGAAUAGUGGCCUGACAAGCACAUCUUCUGACCUGGUGAAGUAACCUAGUCGCUCUGUCGUAGACAAAGACUCCUAACAUUUCAGUGCUGAAAUUAGUCGGUUGAGGUUUAAAACGGAUGUGAAGAGCGUCACGCUCGUGUGCUGUCUAGGUUAAAGGGCAUGCAGUUUUGAAUGAUCCAAGUAUACAAAAGGUUGUAAGUGUUAUUGUUUGGUUGGUACAAUGGUAAAUGUUUCAAAGCAGUUUUACAAAGAAAAUGUUAUGUGGGGCAUGAACUAAUUACUAUGAAACAAUAUUUCAAAAUGCUGCAGUCAUUGUUUAUUUUUAAACGUUUGCUCUAUUUUUCAUUUUAUCUUCGGUUUUCUGGCUGUGUGUACCACUCUUCUCAGUGUGAACUUAAUCUAAGACAUCAACAGGGGUCAAACUCUUCUUCUCUGGUCAUUUGACUUUAUUAUCAUGUAUUGCAAAAGUGGACUGAAAUAUGAAUAACUGAAAAGAUACAGCCAAAGAUAGUUAUUUAUGCCCUAUUUCUUUUGUUACCAAAUUGAGAAACGCAGAGCAAAGUGGAUAAAUGAYUGACAACCUAUUGAACCAAUCAACAUGGGCAACUAGCAUGAUGUCGUUCUCCAGGAAGUAGAGUUUGAGACCCCUGACCUAAAUGUUUUGCAUGAUUUUUCUGUCUUUUGCGAUCAGACUCCAACAGCAUUCGGUUGCAGUAGUCAUCUUUUACCACUAAACCCAAUUGAGAAUGCUAGGCAGCUAGCCCUUUUUAUGCUUAGGGUGCUAGUGUAGCAAAGAAGAGCACAGUGCUGUUUGUCAAAGAUUCAGGCCCAGUGAUGGGCAAAAAAAAAUGGCCGCCACAACGAGGCAAGAACACAAUGGCAACGUUCUAAUUUCCAUACCAGCAUAUUACUUUGAAUUCAUACCUUGAUACAGUGCUUCAUACUAAGUAGUAUAUUUGUGUGGAUAUUGGAACAGAGCCAUGGAGUAGGCUCAUUCCUUGUCAUUUUUUUUUGGUUCCUUGUAUUAUAUUAUACAGUGAGGUGUAGGUUUCAAAUGGAAGUGACUGUCCUUUUAUGAAUCUCUUCCCCUCUGUCAUGUUUAUCCCUUGGCUGCCAUUAUGCUAUUUUGUUAGUGAAUGUCCAUAUAAAAUCUUUUAUAUAAAAUCUUUUGUUGUGGUU